AUGCUAAGAAAUUUUCCUAAGUUAAAACAUCUCAGUUUAAUAAAAAAUCCCAUGUGUUCUAAGUUUACUUAAGGAGAAGAGGAAUAUAUUAAGUAUAUAAAAUCAUAAUUCAAUAGAUAUCGAAUUAAAUUCAUUUAAGAACUUCAGUUAUUAAAAAACUUAAAUGGUACACCUAUUAAUCUAGAAGAAGCAAAUCCUAAUUUUCGGAAACUAAAAUAAUAAAUUGAAUAAUAGUAAAUUGAUAAUGUAUUAAAUAUUUAUAAUUGUUUGUAGAAUAUUAAUGAAUAGAAAAAAGGAACAAUAGAUUAUUAUAAUACUAAAUAUCAAAAACUAAGUAGUAGGACAGUUAAAAUUAAUGUUAAGGAAAUAGAUUUAUUAUUUUUUUAUUUAAAAUGGUAAAAAUUAUAUGAACAAAAAUUUAAUUAUUUCCUAUAUUUAAUUCAAUUUAAUUAAAAAAUAAAAAAAAGGGUUGUCAACACGAGGACUUCCCAAGCGGUCCCCCACCUUAGNAUUUGCCUGCUAUGA